CCUGUGGCAAGGAAGCGGUGCAUUGGAAGGGCUGAGUGUCAAGGAGCAUUCCUUCCGCCAUGUAGAUGUAACCGGGGCCAAUCUCUCUGUGCCCGCCCCGCGCUCCUCCUCCUCCUCCUUCCCGGGUGGCGAUGGCGGGGCCCUCUUUCCUGCGCUCCUUCCCGGGCUUCCUGAUGCAGUCUGCGGGCGCCCUGGGGGUCCAAGGCGGCCGCCCGCUCUGCUGCAGCUCGGGCCUGGGCCCGGUGUCGCCGGCUCUGCUGCGCUCGGGAGGCUUCGUGCGGGGCCGCUGGCUGCAAGCCGGAGCCUCGUUCCCCGUGCGGGACCCCGGCAGCGGCGCCGAGUUGGGCCGGGUGGCCGACUGCGGGGCGGAGGAGGCCCGGGCCGCCGUGCAGGCCGCAUACGAGGCCGGGCCCGCUUGGAGCAGAACCACCGCCAAGGAAAGAAGUGUAUUACUUCGUAAAUGGUAUGAUUUGAUGAUAGAGAACAAGGAUGACCUCGCCAGGAUCAUAACAGCAGAGAAUGGGAAACCACUGAAAGAAGCGCAAGGGGAGAUCCUGUAUUCUGCUUCCUUCUUGGAAUGGUUUGCCGAAGAAGCUCGACGCGUUUAUGGCGAUAUCAUCCCAUCUUCUGCAAAAGAUAAAAGAAUCUUGGUGCUGAAACAGCCUGUGGGCGUUGCUGCCAUCAUUACCCCUUGGAAUUUCCCAAGUGCUAUGAUCACAAGAAAAGUGGGUGCAGCUUUGGCAGCUGGUUGUACGGUCGUAGUGAAGCCAGCAGAAGAUACGCCUUUAUCUGCAUUAGCACUUGCUGAGCUUGCAAACCAGGCUGGAAUUCCUGCUGGAGUAUACAAUGUGGUCCCAUGUUCUAGACAACAGGCAGCAGCAGUUGGGGAAGUGUUCUGCACAGAUCCUUUGGUCUCCAAAAUCUCUUUUACUGGCUCAACAGCCACAGGAAAGAUACUGCUGCGCCAUGCUGCUGGCACUGUGAAGAGGGUCUCCAUGGAGCUUGGGGGACAUGCUCCAUUCAUAGUGUUUGACAGCGCUGAUGUAGACAAGGCAGUCACAGGAGCGUUAAUGUCCAAAUAUAGAAACUCCGGCCAGACUUGUGUUUGCACAAACCGGUUCUUGGUGCAAAAAGGGAUCCAUGAUGCAUUUGUGGAAAAGUUUGCAGAAAUCAUAAAGAGAGAGCUUCAUGUAGGCUAUGGAUUUGAUGAAGGGACUACGCAGGGGCCACUAAUUAAUGAAAGAGCUGUGGAAAAAGUUGAAAAACACAUCCAUGAUGCAGUGUCUCAUGGUGCUUCCAUUGUUACUGGAGGGAAACGACACAAUUAUGGGCAGAAUUUCUUUGAACCAACUCUACUCAGCAAUGUCACCACAAGCAUGCUGUGUACGCAAGAGGAAACAUUUGGUCCUCUGGCCCCAGUUAUCAAGUUUGAUACAGAGGAAGAAGCUCUUGCCAUAGCAAAUUCAGCUAAUGUGGGUUUAGCAGGUUAUUUCUACUCCCGAGAUCCUGCCCAGAUCUGGAGAGUUGCAGAGCAGCUGGAAGUUGGAAUGGUUGGUAUUAACGAAGGACUUCUGUCUGCCGUGGAGUGUCCAUUUGGUGGCGUUAAACAAUCCGGCUUAGGAAGAGAAGGUUCAAAAUACGGCAUUGAUGAGUAUCUGGAAGUAAAGUAUGUCUGUUUUGGAGGAUUACAGUAGCCAUUAGUUAACAUGAUUCAUUACAAUUAUUAGACUUUUCAUAAGUUUAAUAUAGCAAGAUUAUUUGUCCCUCCUCUUCUUAAAAUGGAAGCAAUCAUGUUUCUAUGUAAUGAUGCCUUUCGUUUACCAUAGUUUUAAAUGUGUAAAACAACUACUGUGGAAUCUAUUUGAGUGCAUAUACAGCAUAAGAAUAUAAACGUACUUUAUGAUUUUCAUAAAAAUGCUGGAAGAAAUCAUCACAUCUUUAGAGGAACCAGAAGUGUUUCCUAAUUGACGUAUGCAUUUUGGAGUCAACAGAGCAGAUACUAGUUUUUUUUAUCCACACUGUGAAACUGUUGCUAUCAUUGUAUUUUCAUAAUAUCUGUGCCAAAUAUCAAAGUUGGACUUCUA